AAUUAAAUUCAUACACUGGGGAUUGCGAAGCACCGAUUGACUUGGUUAGUUCACACUUUAUUUAUUGUCAUUUUAUGUUGACAUCAAUUCAUUUUGACUACGCAUGGAGGAGCUUGGCAGUAACGACAAUGAUAAUAUUCUUGGAAAUCAAAGAUAUUACCAUAAGCCAUGUUUCGUCAUGAAAUGUUUUGGUUAAUUUUACCAUGGAUGGCAUUUGCCUACGAAAACAUUGCAAAGAACAAGAGUGCUAAGCAAGAAAACCCUUACGAGACAUCUGGGCUUUCAGAACUUGGCCAGGCAUCAAGGGCUUUCGAUGGACUUAAAAGCAACCUUUCUGCAUUUGGAGGUCAAUGUACAUUAUCAGCAAACCAUAAAAAAGAAGCUCUUUUAUAUGUUGACCUUGCUACCAUUCUGGGCAUUCAUCACAUCACUGUAUAUUAUAGAACAGACAAUUUACAGUGGGGUCCCCGUAAUGGAUAUGUCCCUAGAUUUCUGGGAUUUUCUGUGUACAUAUCAAACACGACGAAAACAGAAGACUGGGUUCUCUGUUUUAAAGACGACUAUUUUACCAAUGAAACCAUCCCAGCUGUGAUAACAUUGAACUGUACUCACCACGGUAGAUACGUCAUCUACUACAACAACAGGACAUCAACUAAUUUACCACCCUACUACUCGCAGUAUGCUUACAACGAACUGUGUGAAUUUGAAGUAUAUGGAUGUCCGUCCCCUAUAUAUUACGGUGAGAACUGUGACUUGUCAUGCCCACGUCUUUGUAAAAACCGCCGUUGUCACAUAGAAACGGGUAAAUGUUUUGGAUGUGAAGAUGGAUAUCUGGGUUCGACAUGCCAACUUGAAUGUCAAAACAACACGUAUGGAGCUGGAUGUUCAGAGAGGUGCGGACAUUGUCUGAAUGAAAAAGGGUGUGACCAUGUCAACGGAACCUGUCCCAGUGGGUGUGAGGCUGGCUAUUAUGGAUCUUGGUGUAAAAUAGAAUGUCCUCCAAUGUUCUAUGGAAGAAAUUGUUCGCAGAGCUGCAGUGGGAAUUGUUCCGUGUCAAAAACAUGUGACAGAAAGACCGGUGUGUGUGUUGGUGGUUGUGCAGAGGGAUCGAAACCUCCUCUGUGUAAUGAAGAAUGUGAUGACUUAAGUUACGGAAGAAAUUGCAGCUAUUCGUGUGGUCAAUGUAAUAAAGGCGUUCCUUGUAACAAGAAAAAUGGACGGUGUCCCUCGGGAUGUGCCUCAGGCUAUGAAGGAAUCUACUGUAACAAAACAUGCGCACAUUCGUACUAUGGACCGGAUUGCAACUUGAAUUGCAGUAUUUCUUGCUUCAACCAAACAUGUGAUGCGAAGAGUGGAGAGUGUCUUAAGGGAUCGGCACAGGACAAUGGAGAAAACGGAAACAGCAUUACGCCUGUCGCCAUAGGAGGAUCCAUUGGAGUUUUGUUUGUUGUUAUAGUAGCUGUUGUUGUCGUUGUGUGUAGAAAGAGAGGACAACAAACGAAUCAGCAUUCUCAACAUCAACCAAAAACAACCUACAUUGACUUGCCUCCGGAUGUUGACAUCGAUGAGAAAAUCCAUGAGGAGAAUCCUUAUGGAAAUAUGUAUGCCAAUGAACAAUUCUGUCCCGACAUCUUGAUAAAAGAUAUUGGUUCUGCCAUCAUGAAAAAGAGAAAGGAUGAUUACGACGGGUUUAAGAGAGAGUAUGCUUCUCUACCAUACGGUGAAAGAUAUCCCUGUGACACCGGAAGACUUCAAGUUAACAUUCCCAAGAACAGAUUUAAAACAACAUUCCCCUAUGACCAUUCAAGAGUGAUCCUGAGAAAGAAUGCAGGGUCAGAUAGGGAUUAUAUAAAUGCUAAUUACAUUGAUGGUCAAGAACGGAAAAAUGAGUACAUAGCAUCACAAGGCCCUAAGGAGAGUACUUUGGGUGAUUUCUGGGAGAUGGUUUGCCAAGAUCAAGUCAAACAGAUAAUCAUGUUAACAAAUCUAAGGGAGGGAAGAAAGAUAAAAUGUCAUCAGUACUGGCCAGACCUUGGUAAUAAAGAAAUAUAUGGCACGAUUUCUGUCAAGUCGAUGGAGGAAAAGCAGUAUGCGUUUUAUACUUUGCGAAAAUUCCAAGUUUCUCAAAAAUCGAUGAAUUCAUACGUGGUAACACAGUUUCAUUAUACCACGUGGCCUGAUCACGGGACCCCGGAUCCACUGUGCUUGGUCAUAUUUCACAGUCACGUGACCCAUGAAAACUCCAAUCAGGACGUUGCACCUACUUUAGUUCAUUGCAGUGCAGGAAUUGGGCGAACUGGUACAUAUAUCGCUUUAGAUUCUCUCUAUCAUGCCGGAAGAAAAUCUGGCAGAGUUAACGUCACAGAGUAUGUGAAGACAAUGAGGGCCAACAGAAUGAAUAUGAUACAAACUUAUGAACAAUACAUGACGGUUUUCCUGGCUUUACAAGAAGCUUUCAAGGCUGUGCCGGAUCCUCAAGGCACUGUCAAGUUUUGUCAAAGAAUUUCACAAAUGCUUAAGGAUGCUCCUGCUAAUUAUUCUGGACUAAGAAAGGAAUAUGAGCUUUUAAGGAAGGUUUGCCCAGUGUUUACUAACGAUGAUUACAAACUCGCUAAACAAAACAUGCCAAAGCAGAGAAAAGAUGUUAUUUUACCUCUUGACAAAUAUGGACUCUACCUGACAUCAAACGUGCCAACAAGGGGAGGCUUUAUCAACGCUAUUGUUGCUUCAUCACACAGCACGAAUAAUGGAUUUAUUGUUACACACUAUCCGACCCCAGAGGACGCUGUUGAUUUUCUGCGCCUGCUCAUUGACCACGAAAGUAGCACUGUUAUUUGUAUGGAUCCUCUCCAUAAUAUUGACCAAAUUAAAUCUUGGUUGCCUUUGCCUUCAUCUGAGAAGAUUGUUUCUCCGUUCAAAGUGGUCCAUAGCUCCAGCAAAGACAAUAACGUCAAGCUAUCAGUUAUUUCCAUUCAUAAGGACGGGGAAAAACUACACAAAGUGACGGUAGCUGAACCCAAAGCAGAGCUGAAAACCCAGAACGUUCAUGACACGUCAUUCCUUCGGAGCCUAAUCUCGUUCGCACUGAGUUGUCCCAAUGAUAGCCCAAUAACUGUUGUCAGCAAGGAUGGUGCAUCAUUGUGCGGUGUCUUCUGUGCUGUGUUUAACUCCGUACAACAAAUUACUAUGGACGACAACAUUGACGUGUUUACAACAGUCCGACAAUUACAGACAAGGAGACCAGAGUUCUGUUCUACACAGGAUGAAUAUGGUUUAAUCUACCAGACUGUUUACGAUCAUCUGCAAGCCACGUCAGAGAAUGUUUACUUUAAUCAAUAGUACUUGUUUGGUCGCAGAAGGAAAAUUAUAUGAUGAGGAGGAAGAGGAUAAUGAUGAUGAUGAUGAUGAUGAUGAUGAUAAUGAUGAUGACUUUGUCUAUUGUGUAAUAUUUCAUUUCGUAUUUUGUUUUAAAUAAUGGCCCUUACAAAUAUUUUAUGAGUCAGAGAAAAAAGUGCUGUAUCAUUGUACAUGUAGCUAUAAUUUAGAUAUCUAUUAUAAUAUUAUAUUGUUCAAUUCUUUAUCAAUGAAUUUAUUAUCUGAAUAAACUAUGCAUGAUGAAUAUUUGAAAUGUUGGCUAUAUGAUUAUUGAAUAUGUAUAAUUACGUAGAUGUACUAUUAGAUGAUAUUAUAUUCAAAUAUUAUUGAUUAAUCUAAAGUCAUUUAAAGAAAUAUAGGUUCAUAUAAAUACAUUUAAAGAUAAAUGAUUUACAAAUGGUAAACAUUUGAAAAAUCAAAAAAAAAUAUAACAAUAGAAUCCAGGAGGUAAAAUAUCGUUCUUAUUUCAAAUAAACAAUUAUUGAAUAAUUUAUUACAAUCCAAGUCAAUAGCACACAUCCGUUUCAUUAUAAACCAGUAAACAAGUUAUUUUACGACCAUACUAAUGUAAUCUAAAAGUAUGCUAUGUUUUUUUAUUUUGUUUAUCCAGUUUCUUUGUUUUUAUAAAUUUAUUUUAUUAAAGGUUUUAACUGAAUUACUCUCUUUGUGC